UGUGGUCACAGUGGUCCGAUGGUAGGAACGAAAUUCAUUAUUGGUUGUUGCGUCGGGCUGCUGGUGGUCAUGUUCGUUGCCCAUCCUGUGGUAUCAUUAGGUCAAUGCGACUCGCUUGGCAUCGUCUUCAACGACAAUUUCGAUCAUUCUGCUAAUUUCAGCUCAACGCUGUGGUCCAGUAAUGUGGGCGUGACAGUAGAGAAAGCUUGUACGACAAAUGCUAGCAACACCUUAAUUUCGAACAACGUCGCGGUAUUUGGAGGGAAACAAGGCUCUGUUCGCUAUAUGACAACCGCAUUUCUUAACCUGGGCAGAGCUCGCGUUAUUCAAUUUGAUGCGGUUGCGUGUCCAUGGUCUUCUACUACAUCUACAAUCAUUUUUGAUUUACAAUGUACUACUGAUAGCAACGGAACAACUUGGGAAAUACUGCAAUCAUUCUCCGUGAGUAAAGGUGAUGGAGGAGUUCGCGUUCUGUUCAACGUGACGCCUGCUAUGAGAACAAUUACGUCAAACUUUAAGUUGCGAAUUGAACAGAAGUCAUCUUUCAGCGGUAAACACAAUCAAGCCUGGGCAGUCGAUAACUUCGUUGUGUUGGGUAGAGGGCCGGAACCGAUCAAUGACGAUUUUGAUCCCAUUCAAUCAUGCAAUUGGCUUACACACACAGCAAACGUCACGUCGUCUAAUUCAAGCGGCAACGCGUUAGUGUUUCUUGGAAACGCAACGUUUUCGACUGGCCAUUAUGCCAUUACUGUUCCUAUAUCCAUUCCUCACGUCAGUCCUCUGAUCGUAUCUACAAGUCUGCUAUUUGAGGAAAACUUUGAUGUAAUGCCUGUAAUACCUGGCAACAAAUGGGAAAGUUUAACUGGUGGAAUGGUUGUUAUUCCUGACUGCGGGAGUAUUGAUGCAAGAAAAGCGGGUAAUGCUGUAUAUUUUUUUCAAUCCGAAACUCGCGCUAUUCAGACGGCACGCCUGAAUUUGAUCAGGGCUCGAUCGCUGUCAUUCAACAUUCGAAUUGGAGGAGGAAGUGGCUGUGAAAAUGCAGAUAGUGGCGAAGACGUUGUGGUAGAAUAUCAACCACUAGGAUCGUCGUCGUUCACUACCUUCAAAACACUGGCUUACGACGGAUACCCGACGGCUAAACUUGUUGUCAUCAGUCUUCCUCUAGCGGCUAUGACGGCGGCAACAGUUAUAAGGUGGCGCCAGCUAUCGCACAGCAGCAUCAACUACGACGAAUGGGUCCUCGAUGCAGUAAAAAUAUCUGAUACCGACUUGUCAAAAAUGAUCUUUGGUGAAAACUUUGACAGUGUCUCGUCUACUCCAAACGUCAAAUGGCAGAGUAUUCUGGGAGGCUCAUUUAUUACCCCUGAUUGUGGUAGUAUUAGCACUCCCGGAUCAAGCAGUCGAGCUGCAUUCUUUAGUAAAAGCGGGACACGCUCUAUCACAACACAACCGCUGGAUCUCAGCAGUGCAUCCACAAUAUCUUUUCGGAUUCGAUUGGGUGGGACGAAUCCCAGCGGCUGCGAGCAACCGGACAAUGGAGAAGACGUGAUAUUUGAGUACAAGACUAACGUCAUGCCUUACACGGAGAUUACAAACUUGGCAUAUAACAGUUAUCAGACUGCAACUCUCGUCAAAGUUACGGUACCGGUUGGUUUACGUACUUCGGACGUUACGUUGCGUUGGAGGCAGGAAUCUCACAGUGGAUAUGCUACGGAUGAAUGGGCGAUUGACGACAUCGUUAUUAUAGGGCAAGCAUUCAACGUUGCAACAACACCUUAUUACAUCAUAAACGAAGAUUUCUCUCCUGUUCCUUCGAUACCAGGUGCAGUGUGGAAUUCUAUCAGUGGUGGCAGUAUUACAACUCCUGAUUGUGGAAGUAUAUACUUGUCUGAUUUUAGUAGUGAAGCUGCCUUUUUUUCUGGCGUUGCCACGAGAUAUAUAGAAACUGUUGCUCUGAAUCUUAUUACGGCCAGCACUCUGUCAUUUCGUAUUCAAAUUGGCGGCGGAGGCGCAUGUGAGACCGCAGACAGUGGUGAGGAUGUAGUCUUAGAAUACAAAACAGCAACAUAUGCAUCAUACUUGCAACUGAAGCUUCUUUCGCACUCUGAUUAUCUAACCGCUCAAACGGUCAUUAUUACCUUGCCUAUUCUUGCCAAAACGUAUUCGACAACUUUAAGGUGGAAGCAACUCAGUCAUAGUGGCUCUACUUAUGACGAAUGGGCCAUCGAUCACGUUCAACUGAUGUCUGUUGCACCACACACUAGUACAGGAAACGUCGUGGUGUUCAACGACAAUUUUGACAGUGCUCCCACUAUCCCCGGCACACAGUGGCUUGCAAUUAGUGGUGGAUCUUUUCAGACUCCUGACUGUGGCAACGUUGACGUCACUGGCUUCAGCAGUCAGGCUGCGUACUUUAGUGGAUCUAGCAACAGAUACAUUCAAACGCAAUUUCUAGACAUGACGUAUGCAACAUCACUUUCGUUUCGUGUUCAAAUUGGAUCAACAAGCAGCAGUGGUAGUGCAUGCGAGACAGCCGAUUAUGGAGAAGAUGUUAUUGUGGAAUAUCAACCUCAAGGAAGCGCGUUGUUUGAUUUUCUGUUAACUUUGGGAUACGACACGUACCGGACUCCGACAACUGUCACGAUUUCUUUACCCGCAGCUGCCAUUACAACUGGAACAUCAUUGAGGUGGAGACAGGUGUCUCACAGUGGAACAGGCUUUGAUGAAUGGGCUCUCGACCACGUGACAGUUUCAGGCAAAAGACCGCAAGACAAGUUUGUAGUUAUCUUCUUUGAAGACUUUGAUCAUUUUCCGCAAUUUCCUGGGACUAAGUGGCAGUUUUUAUCUCACGGUACCAUCCAAGUUCCCGACUGUGGCAGCAUUGAUAAGGUGGGGUACAGCGCGCAAGCGGCGUUCUUUAGUGGAGGCUCUGACCUUGAUAGUCGGUACAUUGAAACUGUUGAAUUGGAUCUCACUGCGGCCACCACGGUGUCGUUUCGUCUUCGAAUUGGUGGUGGAAGCUGUGACGUAGCAGAGACUGGAGAAGAUGUAGUAUUGGAAUAUCGCGUUUCUGGCUCUUCGACGUUUAUUCUAUUGGCUUCACACUCUGCUACCGGUUAUACGCUUCCACAAACUAUUACUGUCAUUUUGUCAGACGCUUCUAAAACAGCCUCUACUGUUCUCAGAUGGAGACAAUUGAAGCACAAUGGUAAAAGUUAUGAUGAAUGGGCGAUCGACCAUAUUCGCAUUAGCGGAACGCAACCGAUCAGUCCUUUUCCUUCUCUUUUUGCAGAAGACUUUUAUCCUAUUCCAACUUUUCCAGGAAACAAAUGGAAAGCUUUCUCUGGCGGUACUGUUAAGCAGCCUGACUGUGAUGAAAUAGACCUACCUGGCUACAGUUUACAAGCAGCCGUUUUUAGCGGUAUCGGCAGUCGCUCUAUUGAAACACAAGAUUUAGAUCUCCGUACAGCUCAAACGUUGUCGUUUAUUGUGCAAAUCGGUGGAGCAGAAGCUCUUUGUGAGAAUGCAGACUUAGGAGAAGAUGUUAUCGUAGAAUAUAAAGCUAAAGGAAGUGCAGCUUUUGUAUCUAUUAUUACUCUUCCUUACAAUUCUUACAAAACAUCAACGACAGUCACUGUCAUUCUUCCUUUACCAUCGAGAACGAGCUCGACGUCGUUGAGAUGGCGCCAACUGUCUCACGAUGGAACUGAUCUAGAUGUAUGGGCUCUAGAUCACAUACGAAUUCAAGAAUCAGUUUAUGAUCGUCGCCACGUCGUCAACUUCGACUUGUCUUUUAGCGUACAAGAGUCUUCUAGUUACGACGUGAGACUCGAAUAUUCUACUGAUUUUGGUCAAACGUACGCACUCGUUCAACCUGACUGUCUACCGUCGAGUUCUCACUGCAGUCAUGCGUUGCUGAACAGUCAAUAUUCUGCCGUGCUAUUCAAACAUUGGAGACGCCUUACCGUACUCUUGCCUCUUGUUGCAGUUUCUACUAACACUCAGAUCAGAUGGAGACAAACGGAAACAGACAAAAGUGAUUGGGCAAUAGACAACGUCUAUUUUGGCGUUCAGUGCCCUGCGUUCUGCAGUGGUCACGGUCGAUGUCACAAUGCGACCGGUCAAUACGAAGGUCUGGUGUGUGGAGGUAACAGUGACGGUCAACCGUGCGCUUCUUCUUACACUUACGACAGCAAAACAUACAAGGGAUGCACUCGUGAUGGGCGCGAAGGCAUCGACGACGAAUUGUGGUGUUCGACGACUUCGAACUACGAUAAAGACAAGAAAUGGGGAUAUUGUGUGUGUGGAGUGUGCCAGUGUGACCCUGGUUAUAGCGGUCCAUCGUGUAGCAAAGUAUCAAAGACAUUACCUCGAUUUUUGAAAGAAGACUUUGGUAAGAGUUUGUCUAGUAUGAAAUGGGGAUGGGUUGGAGGCGGUACCAUCGGCACGGUGUGCGGUACCGUAACGUCGGGAAAUAGUCUGACGUUCGAUGUGGGCAGAUCUCGUCUUCUAGAAACCAUCGAUUUGGAUCUUACGGACGGUACGAAUGUGGCGUUUACGAUUCGAAUGGGAUCGAGCAAAUCCAAAUGUCCUCGUCCGUCUGACAAUACUGAAAACGUUUUUGUACAAUAUUCCACUAAUGGAGGGAUGACUUGGACGUUACUACAAACCAUUCAAUUCAACAUAUCGCCUUCUUUGAAAUCUUACAAUCUUUCUAUUCCGAGCGAUGCCAAGACGGCAUCGACUCGUGUUCGUUGGUAUCAACCGAUUGCCAGCGGUUCUAACUUGGACGUGUGGGCUAUCGACGACGUCGCUAUUGAAACGGAUGUUAGUAAACUACCAUGUGCCACUUCUCCGUGCGUCAAUCAAGGUCAAUGCACAAACGAAAUAACCGGCGGCUACAACUGCAAAUGUCCUUUAGGUUUUAGUGGGAAAAUGUGUGAAGUUGUACCGAACCAUUGCCAUUCUAAGCCAUGUCUUAACGGAGCCACAUGUAGUAGUUCUCUAUUUACGUUUGACUGCGAUUGCUUUUUGGGAUUUACUGGAACUACUUGUGAAAGAAACAUUGAUGAAUGCAUUAUAAAUCCGUGCAAGAAUGGAGGCACUUGCUUAGAUUCGAUCGGUAGUUACUCUUGUCAGUGUGCUGUCGGGAAGACAGGACGUCAUUGUCAAAUCGACAUUGAAUGUUUGCCGCAAUUAUGUCGGGAUGAUGGCACGUGUGACGAUCUUUUACCAGGCACGUGUAAAAAUGGUGGCACUUGUCAGGAAGGAAUUUGUCUUUGUUUGCCCGGUUUUACUGAACGACAAUGCACUUUACGUAUCGACGAUCUAUGCACUGGCAACGCAUGCAAAGAGAAUGCGGUGUGCAGUCGGUUAUCAUCCAGUAGAUAUUUGUGUGCUUGUCCGACCGGUGUUCGUUGUACUUGUGAGACAAAUCCGUGUGAAAAUGAUGAUACGUGCAUAGUGGGCGAGGCGUUCGGUCGAUAUCAUUGUCAGUGUGUUAAAGACGAUUUUGGUGGAGCGACGUGUGCUGCCGUACGAAUGAAAAGCAAUGAAGGCAGCUCGACGGCUAAAGGCGACGGUGUUUCAAAUUGGCCGUAUGCCGUUGCUGCAUGGGGACUUGCCGUUGCCGUACUCAUUCUUGCGACUGUAAUAGUCGUCAUCUACAGAAGACGCCGACCGAAUGCAACACCGUCGUCUAAUUUCGACUAUACUGCUCGCUCCACGUCACUCGUGCAAAAUCCAUUGUUUCAGGAGGAUGACGAACAGAGUCAGACAAUGUUUGCUGAUGCGACGGCUACAGUUCCUGAAAGUCUAAGCUGCUCGAAGUGUUCGCUUUCUGCUCUUCAGCCAAUGGCUGCUCAAAAGCCACAUUUCGGACGGAUCAAUCCCGUCUUUCGUGCCGACACGUUGCCGCACUCCGACUCGCCAACUGUGUAGGAACAAGUGUAUGACGAACCACACACUAUAGCCACUCCUAUGUAUUAUUCAGGUCUACCGUUUGACGCUGAGAAACUGCCGUCAAAAACCGAUGAAAAGAAGGAAAAUGCAUACGAACACAUUCAGUAUUAACUAAAAGUAUUUGCGUAGUCGGAUGUUCGUUACGUGUGCGUUCUUUCUCAAUUCUUGUCGCUAUUAUGUAGAAUGUCUAGAUCUGCAUGUAUGACUGGAUGGGCUGCUUUCUGAGCGUUACGAGAAUGCUUUAAACUUUAACAUGCAGACAUGCCCGUGAAAGCGCUAAUUUUACAUUUACUAUAUACUUGUCUAGAUGUUUAUGUGCUAAUAUCAAUGUACUCUACAAUAAUCGUUUAGUUUAGAGCGCAUAGUCUAUAAAUUACAUAACAUUUGUAGGCGAUUUGCGCUCUCAAGA